GAUACACCGUUUCCACAGUAACCCAACAAAUCAAACUUGAAAUAUCGUUCAAUAUCUGUGUACGCGAAGUGAAACAUGGCGAAAGGCAAAGCAAAGAAAGGCAAAAAGAAGAAAACGGUAGAAGUAGAUCCCAACGCCCUGACGGAAGUGGACAAAACGUUUUACGAGUUGACUAUCACAGAUCUGAAUAGAAAAUUGGCACGGUUGAGAUCUUUGACGCAGGAGCUGGAACAGAAAAAUGAGGAAAUCACUGCGGAGAAGGAAAAGCUGGACGAGGACAGGGCGGAUAUUAUUGUUUAUCUGAAGAGAAUGCUGCAGGAAAAAACAGACGAGAUUGCUGAGCUGGAGGAAAGAAUCACUGCGCUGCAGGAGACCAGGCAAACUGAGACUGAGAAAUCUGAAGAGAAAAUUAGCGAAAUGGAAACGGAAUACAACCAGAUGCAUGAACAAUUGACUUCGGAGAAUAAGCUAUUAGAAGGAAAACUGAACUCUCUGGAAGAAUUUCGUUCUCAGCGCGACGACUUGAUGAAAAAAUUCGAAACGCAAGAAACUCUACUGGAAACCCAAGAAAAACGCCACAAACGCGAACUCUACGAAAUCGAAAGAAAAUUCAUAAUAAGCAAAGACCAACUGAAAAAAGAAAUGGAGGCGAGACUCCUGCAGCUCUCAACUGAUUUUCACGACGCUACUGAACUUCGGAUAGCGGCAACAACGCACAGAGUUAUUAGAGAGAACAUUACCGUCAAUAAUGAGUUAGACGUUUUGUUAGCAAACCAGCAACGCCUCUAUAACGAAAAUAGUAGCAUAAAGAAAAGAGACACAAACUUGCGACAACAGUGCGAGCUUCUUGAACAAGAGAAAAAAAAGGCACUGGGUAAAGUGAGGGUACAAUUGAGGAUAAUAAGCCGGCUCACAGAUGAUCAUAAGUUCAUGAGUGACCAGCUGGAGAAACUGAAGAAGUAUGAGGUGGAAGUGCUAAACAGCAGGACGGAGAAUAGAAAACUCAACGAAACCAUCCUGCAGCUGGAGUACAAGGUGAAAGUUUUGGAGCAGAAUCUCCAUCACGUCAGGUGCGAUAGAACAUCCGUGGAGACCGACUUUCUAUAUCUUAAGGAAGAAAAUGAUAGACUAAGCGAAGUUUUGAUGGAAGCCGAAAGCUGCAUAAAGGAGGCCCUUACUGUGAGGACCGAAAGUGACCAAUCUCUGAAAGCUUCGAAACGGGAGAACCUGCUCAACUCUCUCUUUACCCUCCUCAAUAAAGCGAAGAAGCAGAAAAUAAGGCGGCCGUCUCUAGAGACUGUGGACUUAGUCGAGGCAACUUAUAUGCGAGGAGAUCUUGGCUUCGUUCCCAAACCUGUAGAGCUCAGAUCCACCGUUCCUACCAAGAGACACAUCGAUUCUCAGACAGGAGCUAGCUUCGAAGAAUAUCUUGCCACGGGUAAAAUAGCCUCUUUCAAAAACCUCUAUACCGAAGAUGGCGAAGAAGAAGUGGAAGAAGAGACCGAGCACGGAAUCGAAGAAGAGGUUGUUGAGGAAGAGAAAGAGAGUGUCCUGUUCUUCGACGAAACUGAGGUGGCCGACGAAGAGACUGACAGUGCAGAGUUUGAUAUUUUCCAGCAGCAUGAAGAGUCGGAGACAUCGAGGUCUUCAGGAACAGUAAGCGCGUCAUCGACGAAGGAUAACACGGUGUCGGAAAGGUCGUUGAAGGAUAUUACGAAGAAGUCUCUCAUCACAGCCGCACUCUCGAAAGUGUUUUCUAAAAAGUCCGUUUCGAAAAUGGAGGAAGUUGAGGAUAGCUCAGAGGGAAAAUCUGAAGCAAGUGAGGAAGGCAAAUAAAUCAUCAGUUCACA